UUUAUUUAGUCUUUCCUAUUAUGUGGCUGGCGAGCCAACACUCGGUGCUCUAUAAAGGGACAGAGGGAGGGUGAAAAGCUUGAACUGUCAGAGAGAGUUGUUUGUCUUUCCUGUACUUCCCACCACCCCCUACGUCUACCUGCCCGCCUGUCUGUCCAUCACUGUUAUCCAGCCGUCUGCAUCUUGUGGAUCUAUCUCUACUGUGGGUAACAACUAGGAAGAAAAGGGAAAACCUGAGCAUAGAGGCAGCUCACCUCUGCACCCCAGGGAGCCUUCAACUCAUCUCUCCAUCUAGUCGGCUGUAGAUGACCUCUGCGCUCCUAGUCUGCUCUUCUACACCAUGAAUAAGAUGAAGAACUUUAAGAGACGGUUCUCGUUGUCAGUUCCACGCACUGAGACCAUUGAGGAGAAUGAGUUCACUGAACAGAUCAACCAGCUAAACAUAAGUCACACUCAGGGCCUGACUCCUGACAGGCUUGGUCCUCCAUCUCAUGAUACCAGCCCAGUGAGCCCUGAAGCUACCACACCAGGAGCUCACUCUCCAUCCCACCUCCACUACCACAGCCAGGUCGAGCACAGACGCUUUUCCAUGGAAGACGUGAGUAAGCGAAUGUCUCUGCCCAUGGACAUCCGCCUGCCUCCAGAGUUUCUCAAAAAAUUGCAGCAGGAAAGUGAAAACUCCCCACUCUGCAAACCUGUCAGCCGCAUGUCUCGACGUGCUUCACUAUCCGAUAUAGGAUUUGGGAAACUGGAAACAUAUGUGAAGCUUGGAAAGCUAGGUGAGGGCACAUAUGCUACAGUUUUUAAAGGAAGAAGCAAACUAACAGAGAACCUAGUGGCACUGAAAGAGAUUCGUCUGGAGCAUGAGGAGGGAGCACCUUGUACUGCUAUUAGAGAAGUGUCUCUGCUGAAGGACCUCAAACACGCCAACAUCGUCACAUUGCACGACAUCAUCCACACGGAGCGCUGCCUCACUCUGGUGUUUGAGUAUCUGGACAGUGACCUUAAACAUUACUUGGACAACUGUGGAAAUCUCAUGAGCAUGCAUAAUGUCAAGAUCUUUAUGUUCCAGCUGUUGCGUGGUCUUUCCUACUGCCACAAACGAAAAAUCCUCCACAGAGACCUAAAGCCUCAGAACCUUCUCAUCAACGACAAGGGCGAGCUGAAACUGGCUGAUUUUGGUCUGGCGCGGGCCAAAUCCGUCCCCACAAAGACCUACUCUAAUGAAGUGGUUACUCUUUGGUAUCGACCUCCUGACGUGCUACUGGGCUCCACAGAAUACUCCAUGCACAUCGACAUGUGGGGUGUGGGUUGCAUCCUGUUUGAGAUGGCAACGGGUCGUCCAAUGUUUCCUGGUGCCACAGUGAAGGAGGAGCUACACUUGAUCUUUAGACUCCUGGGUACUCCAACAGAAGACACUUGGCCUGGUAUUAGCAGUAAUGAGGAGUUCAGGUCCUACCUCUUUCCUCAGUACAGAUCUCAAGCUCUCAUCAACCAUGUACCCCGGUUGGACACAGAGGGAAUUGAUCUACUGUCAGUUCUGCUGCUGUAUGACACCAGGAGCAGAAUUUCCUCUGAAGCUGCUCUACACCACCCCUACUUCCUCAGUCUUGGGGAAGCUGUACAUAUUUUGGCAGACACUGCUUCAGUGUUCUCUCUGAGAGAAGUGCAGCUCCAGAAAGAUCCUGGACAUCGUAACUCAGUAUUCCAGCCUUUAGGCCGAGGAAAGAAUAGAAGACAAAGCAUCUUCUAGAGGUUGCAGAGAAGAAGAGGCAAGAUGUGAAUGGAGAGAAGCUGCCUUUCAAAUCCAGACCACAAGGACCAACUAAGCUUAACACACAGAGCAAGCAUCCAGAACAACCAUACACACACACUAACACACACACACAACGUCACAAGGACAGAUUGUUCGCUCAUUACCAUGGCAGCUGAACAUGGAGGCCCAUAUUCCUUCUGAAGAUAAACUUGUUCUGCACUUAAAAAUACCUUCAAUCUCCUUCCAAACAGAUCCACAUACUUACAGCACAUUUAGACUGAACACUUUUGCACUAUAAGAAACACGUGCUGCCAUAACAUGAUUGCACAUAUCAGAGCUAUUCUUUUCCCCCUUUGAUACCUCGGACAAAGAAGGGGCUGUAAAAUAUUAGCUCUGCCAUAUUGUAACACACACACAUCACAUGGGGGUGGUGGGUGGUGUCAGGGGGCGUGGCUAAGUGCUGAGGCAACUACACCACCCAGGAGCAAUCUCAUUUUGCACAUAGUUUAAAAAAAUCAAUUAGGGGUAAGCACAGCUAAUACAAAAAAAUAAAUCAGUUUGAAAAAAUUUAAUAUUUGCUAUUUUUAACAGGCUACUAAAACUGCAAAGCAUGCCUGGAGCAUUUAGUAAAAACUGAAGCGUACCAGCCCGUUAGGUUUUCAGGGUGGGGUAAAUAAGUCCAAAACACUGCAGCAAAAUAUGUCUUCUUAGUUUUAAUCCAGUUUUGUGGCUUCUCCACCCCUCCGGCUCCCGUUCAUCUUUUCCACAAGUUCUGCCUUUGCCUUUCUUUCUCCUCUCUGACGCUGUUCUUCUGCUCCCCUCAUGCCUUUGUCUGCAGUGGACAGCGGCUGUUGCUUGUCUGGCUGCUGAUAAACAACUGAGUAUUUUAGGGACAUUCAGUGAAGACAAGUCCUAAAAAUGUGAUACCACAGCCUGUGGUUUAUAAGGUCAGUAUAAUUGUAAAUUUAGACUAAUUUUGUGACACUAAAGUGAAAACUAACCAGGGAUUCCCUUGAAAUGUAUAACUCUGGGGUUAAAUAAAUGUACUUACUUUUUUUUUGGAAUACAUCUAUUUAUAUAAACUGUUUAUAAUAGUAAUUACUACAAAACAAAAAUCACCAUUGUAGAGCGUAUUUAUCUAAAACUAUUUAUGUAAAUAUGUCUAUCUUCACCCAAAUUGAAACAAUAAAGCUAAUUAAUGUUAGGGUGCAACAAAGACAUAAACUGCUAAAUUGUCUCUGUUUGCUAAAAAGAUUUAAAAAGAUAAUUUAGCAAAUUAAUGAACAAAAUAUGAAAAAGCUUAACUGUCAGGUUGUACAUGUUUUAUCUUGUUAAUAAAGAUCUAAUGUGCAGUAAAACCUGACCUGCAACAAGAUAUUGUCAUGUGGAAGGAAUCAGCUUGAUCAGCACUGACCAGUGAUCAGCAGGUCAUAAAAAAAAUUUAAUCUUCUUUCUGUCACUGAACACACCAUGAUGUGUGUGUGGAUGGUGUUACUGUGUGAAGAAGAAAC